AUGAGGCGAGCCCGUGCGGGGCUCGGCCGUCGGGCGAUUGACACCUUUUUGGUGCCGGGGCCGAAGAUCGACGUGGGGAAAUUGGCGAUGGCGAUUGCACCGCUGGCGGCGCACAUCGAUAUUUCCUGCUUGGUCUUCUUCACGCUUGGUGUGAAGCCGGAGAUCAUUUCGGCCGUAGCGGGUGGUUCUCUGGGUAUUCACGGCAUGUGCCCUGUCUACAUCGCCGAUUGCUAUGGCAUCAUCGGAUGGGAUAAGAAGGCGAAGAAGAAUGUGGAGAUGAUGGAGAAAGGAAGGGGAUCUGAAUAUGGACUUCCUGGAGGACAAGGUGGCGAGGGCGUUGUGGUUGUGGCCUUCAGAGGAAAGGAACAUGCAGGUGGAGCGACUCACAUGGUGGUGAAAGCCCAUGGAAAGGCGGAGCUUGAAGCUGCAGCAGACGGGGUGAGUUAUGGUGGCUAUGCCAAGGCCUGUUACAAGCUGGAGCAUUCCGGUGACCUGGUGGAGGUGGACGACUUCGUCGUGUCGUCCUCCACGGUGUCCUCCGUGGUGAGCUUUGACGGAGACGAUGCUGGGGAGGUGGCUGCUGGCGCAACAAAAGAAUUGCCUUCGAAGGCGAAAGCUGCAGGAUAUUUUCCCUGCUUUUGCAGAGGCUACAACAAAUACAAUGCAGAUGGAGUAGAGCCUGAAGCGUUUGCACGUGGAGGAUUAGAUGGUGUGCCUCUCUUCGGUAUGUUUGCUCAUGGCGAGCUUGGGCCUACCAAGGGAGUUCCUGUCGUGGUUGCCGAUGAGGCACCUCAAGCAGAGCACGACGUGCACUCCAUGACCUCCGUCUUGGCUCUCUACUCUUAA